AAGAAUCCUCAAUCCACUUUGUAGAAUCAAAUUUUCUUGCAGAAGAAAUCCAACACUGCCAAGAACAUGGGUAAAUUUCAAAGUAAACAGCCACAAAGUCUUGGAGGAAGUAGGGCUACACUAUUUGUGUUUGCCAUGGGAGCAUUGGAUACAAUGGCUUUCAUUUCAAAUGGUAUGAGUUUAGUUACAUACUUCUAUGGGGAUAUGAACAUGAGCUUGACCAAAGCAGCCACAGCUCUUACAAACUUUAUGGGGACAGCAUUUCUUCUUACAUUGUUUGGAGGAUUCAUCUCCGAUUCCUACUUUUCGAGGUUCAAAACUUGCGUCGCCUUCGGCUGCUUAGAGAUUGUGGGUUACCUUAUCCUAGCAACACAAGCACAUCUUACGCACCUCAGACCUCAACCCUGCAAAGGCAUGAACAUGGACCAGCAUUGUGAGGCUGCAACCACAGCCCAACAGGCUAUACUCUUCUCAGGCCUUUACUUGGUGGCUCUCGGCACCGGCGGUGUCAAGGCGGCACUGCCGUCGCUCGGGGCUGAUCAGUUCGACGAUCGCGACCCUGAAGAAGCCGCUUCCCUUUCCAGCUACUUCAACUGGCUCAUGUUCUCCUACACCCUCGGAGCGAUCAUCGGCGUAACUUUUCUAGUUUGGAUAAGCUCCAACCUCGGAUGGGAUUGGGCAUUCGGUAUUUGUGCAAUGAUCGUCGCAAUGGGCAUUUUUUGCCUCGCCAUCGGCCACUCCACUUACCGGACUAAUGUCCCUAAGCGAAGCGCUUUGAUCGGAAUUAUUCAGGUGUUCGUCGUAGCCGUUCGAAACAGGAAGCUUCGCGCAUCCGAGGGUCACGAGAUGCACGAGAUUCACGACAAAGAAACAGGACACGACGAGACGCUUCAAAGGACGGAUCAAUUCAAGUUCUUGGAUCGUGCGGCGAUGAAGAGGAACUCGGAAGAUCCCUCCGGAUCGUGGAAGCUUUGCACCGUGACUCAAGUCGAGGAGGCGAAGAUCCUCGUCCGGAUGCUCCCGAUCAUCCUAAGCACCGUGUUCAUGAACACGUGCUUGGCGCAGCUCCAGACAUUCUCGAUUCAGCAGAGCACGACGAUGACGAGGAAAAUCGGGAGCUUCGAAAUGCCGGGGCCUUCGAUUCCCGUAAUUCCCCUGUUAUUCAUGUUCAUACUUAUCCCGAUUUACGACAGGUUCUUCGUCCCGGUGGCGCGGAAGAUCACCGGAAUUCCCACCGGAAUCACGACUCUGCAACGGGUCGCCGUGGGGCUGGUCCUUUCGACGCUUUCCAUGGCCAUAAGCGGAGUCGUCGAAACACAUAGAAAAAAAGUCGCGAUAAAUCACGGCUUGGUCGACUCCACCGAUCCCUUGCCAAUGAGCGUGUUCUGGCUAGGGAUCCAAUACGGUAUCUUUGGAAUCGCGGACAUGUUUACGCUCGUGGGGCUGCUGGAAUUUUUCUACGCCGAGAGCUCGUCGGGGAUGAAGUCGUUGGGGACGGCGAUCUCGUGGUGCUCGUUGGCGUUCGGGUACUACACUAGCUCGGUCGUUGUGAAUGUGGUGAAUAAGGCGAGCGGGGGAUGGUUGUCGAGCAAUAAUUUGAAUAGGGACCGGCUCGAGUACUUUUAUUGGCUACUCGCCGGGAUGAGCGUCGUAAAUUUUGCAGUGUAUUUGUUGUGUGCUUCGUGGUAUAAGUACAAGAGAGUCGAAGAGAAAAGCGAGGAUUGUAUAGAAAAGAAAAUUGAUGUGAGUAUUGGUAAGAAUACUUCGGUCGAAGGAUAAAAACCACGAUGCCUAUUUUUUAUUUUAUGUGU